AUGAUGGGCCAUCUGUGCGGCCUGCGCUCCGCGGCGCGGCCACGCGGGCCCUCAUUAGGCAUUCCUCGGCCGCGUCCCCACAGAUGUCGCGGUGGCGGGGUGGCUCCCGUGGGAAGACAGAGUCAGACAAAUUUAGGCAAACAGCAUGAAGUGGGCUGGGUCUCAGCCGCGGUGCUCACGCGGGCCGGCCUGAGCGAGACCCCCGGGGCCAGCGCCCAGUGCCCAUCGUCCACUUGGCCCCACGUGCGUUCGGCCCAUCAGCAGGAGACAGGGCUGGGAACCUCAGAUGCCCAGGCCCUGCAGCCCAGCGAGAGUCAGACCGGCAAAGAGGGAGCCUCGGCGAGAUGGGGCACUGAGGCAGCAUUUGGCCUCUCGGAAGCCCGAGGAGUUCGGCUCUGUGCGGGCAAGGGCAGCUUGGCCUUGAACGCAGAGGGAGAGGCGGAGACGGACCCUGGGGUGCUGCUGCCCGAGGGCACGCGGCGACCCGGGAGCCCGACUCCCUGCGGCCAGUCCCCCAGCCAGAGAGCCGGGUCGGGGGGUCCGGGCUCACCCUGCCCCUGCCCGCCCCGCCCCCGGCUUCCAGAGCCGAGUUCUCAGCGCCAGCCCCCUCAACCCCAGAAAGUGAGCGCCCACCUGUGCCUCGCGCGUCCCGAGGGACAGCUAGGUGAGCAGGCUCUGGCCGUGGGCCCACAACACCGGACCCCAGGCCGCUCUGGUUACUGCCUGGGUAACCUGAGGCCCCCUGGCUUGGCCCCGGAGAACCCGAGCCCCCAGCUUUGUCCCCACACAAUGGAGCGCUCGCCCGGAGAGUGGAACCAGAGACGGCAUGUUUGUUCUGGUUUCCAGGACGAGGGGUCCAGGCCUCCCUGCUAUGAAGGGGCCCUGGGCCACCGGCACAGCUGGGAGCCCUGCGAGGUCGGUGGGAGAGACGGGAAGACAGGAGGCGGCGGCCAGGCCUGGAGAGGCCAGGAGCGAGCCAGAGGUGGAGACCGAGGACCCGGCUCAGACCCCACCCCCGGGACCCUGCCCUCCCGGCGCCCCCGGGUACCGCCGUCCUCCCCCCACCCCGGGGCCUCCCAGACACCACUCAGCGCAUCCUCCCCGCGUGCCCAUCUGCAAAGCCAGGGCCCCCAGGGUGCUUUCCCUACAAAGCCCCUGUGCCCCAGCCCCCAGCCCCCAUUUAGGAAAGUUCGGGAGGAAAAGGAGCGAGCCCGCUUCGGAGCCCCGGGUCAGAGCCGGGAGAGGCCGUGCCCCUGGGCCUGCAGGGGAGGGAGUGGCCCCAGCGUGAUGCUCCCCGGUCGGCUCCCCCCCUCAUUGCCCCCUGUCAGCUGCCAGAGGGACGGUCGGGAUCAGGGGCCGGGUCCAGGCCGACACGGGGACUGGGGGCCCCCCGGGGCGGCCCCCAUGCUGGGCGGCGUGCACCUGACCCAGAAACGCAGGGAGCCGCCCGCACUCCCGCCCCGCCCCCCGCCUGGCCGGGCAGCUCUGCAGCCAGGACCCCCGCACGCCCAGCGCCCCUUCCCCCUCCCUGUGACACCAAGCCCUCCCCGCCCUAACGUUUCCCAAGGGAGGGAGUCUGGGGUCCCCACCAACACGCAUCACUUGGGGCUCCCCCGGAACUUGUGGGUGGCUGUCGUCAUCUUACUCCCCGGGGCCUUGUGGUGGCAGGCCCUCCCUGUAGGGGAGGGAGGACUGCAGCCAGUCCGCACGCCUGCAGAGCCCACACUUUGCCAGGCUGUGCGUCCCCCCGCCCCGACGGCCAAGGAGCCCCCUGCUGGCAGCUCUAGCCCCACCCAGGCCAGGACCUGUCCCUCUGAGGCUGGUGACAGCCGGGCGACCGGUGCGGGCCAGCUGCACGGCCGGGAGGUGUCUGUGAUGGGCCCGUCCGCUGCCCGCGCCGAGCCUCGGGGAGAAGCCGGGCGUGGAGAGCUGAAGCCGGGUUCUCAACCCGAUUCGCCCUCAGAGGCCACGGGCAGGACGUUGGCAGAGCUGGCAUCCUGGGGGCUCUGGGCGGGACCGCCCCCCGACGGCACCUUCUCAAGCGAGGUCCCUUCCUCCGGGGGGUGGGUGCUGCCCCUCCAGCGCCUCGGGCAGCAGAGCCCAGCAUGCAGCCCGCACGGGGCCCUGACUAAGCAGAAGAAACGACUGCACUUCAGCCCCGAGUCCGGGGCGCUCUGUGACAGGGAGACAGAACCUCCGGAUGGGAGCUGGACGGGGCUCGGGGGCUCCAAGCUGCGCCCAGCGCCCGGCUCGGCCCCGUGUCCACCCUCACCCCAGGCCCAGCGGCUCUGGGCUGCCUCUCCUCCCUCCUGUCCUCACUCGGGACUGAGGACUGAUUUUCAAAGCUGA